CAGAGCGGGAGUUCCUCCGCGCGCGUGACCCCUCCCUCCUCCAGGAGCGCCUUUUCUCUGGCCGGAGGCUCGGAGGAGGGCAAAGGCUCGGACGGAGGGAGCAGAACAACCCGGUUCUCUUCAACCCAGCAGCAUGAAGUCUCCGCAGCAGAAGAACGCUCCAGCCAAACUCCGGGAGGAGCAGGAGGAUCUGAGCGACGUGCUGUGCGAGUUCGAUGCGGUGAUCGAGGACUUCACGUCGCCCGUGGAGAAGCGGCACUUCAGGUACGACGAGCACCUGCGCACGAUGAAGAGGAGGAGCAGCGCGAGCGUCAGCGACAGCGGCUUCAGCGACUCGGAGAGUGCCGAGUCGCUGCACAGGAACAGCUUCAGCUUCAGCGACGAGAGGCUGAACUCCCCCACCUCGCCGUCUCCGGCUGCCGCCUCACCCCCUCUGAUGUCGCCUAAACCUAAACUGGGUGACACUAAAGAGUUGGAGGACUUCAUUGCAGACCUCGACAAGACUUUACAAACCAUGUGACUCACGAGCCAUCCGAAGGUCAGAUAAGGAGAAUCCGGAUGGCUGGACCCAACCCACCUCUCCUUGAGCAUUUGGAGCUCCCAUGCAAACCCCUAAAAUCCACAAGUCCUCUCAGAAAGCAGGAGGAUCACCAUGCAACUCAUCGCACAGACAGACGGAGACCUCCUCCUUCAGAACCGGAGCUGGUGGAGUAUUUAAAACAAGGCUUUUAAUAAUGGAUAUUGUAAUUUUUACCAUCAAUAUGUAAAUGUAUCUCUUUUUGUGAAAUUUAUUUUUCUAUUCUGUAAAUAGUAAAGUACUGACACAACAGUCAGUUGUAAAUUUAACACAAUGACUGGAAUAAGGUGGAUUUAAUUGUCAUCUUACAAAACUGAAAAAAACAAUAUAUGUAUUUAAAACGUCUAAAGCCUGAAAGAUAAUAUUAAACUAUAACAUUUUCUUGUUGAA